AGUGAGUACUCAGGUCUCUGUUUCUCUUCUCUUUAUUACUCUCUGUAACUCGUUGGGUGACUCAGUUGAUUGCAGAUUCAUUCAUUCAUUCAUCAAUGCUAGUAGCAUAGUAGUAUUUCUAUGGCGAAUCAGUUAGGAAAUCUGGUGGAAUCAAUAAAGUCAAAGGUUCGAUCAACACUGAAGAUGAAGAAGGGAAAGAAACCAUACAUGAAGAUCGACAAGAGUGCAAGCGUAAAGGUCGAGAUUCGAAGCAGAAAAGCUCGUAAGAUUAUUGAGAAGACGUUGAAAGCUGCUGAUAAUCCUGGCAAGCAUAACAUCACUGUAUAAUUUCUAAUAUGAAGAUAGAUGUAAGUUAGAUUGGGUAAUUAGAUCAAGAUGAUAGAUAUAAUAAAAUCUUUUAUGUGUUUUUGUUGUUUUUGUCAUUUCUGGUUUGGAGAAUAGAUUAGAACUAUCUAGAAUCUAGAUUGUAUUUCAUCAAUAAUACUAUGAAUGAAUCAACAACUACCAUAGUCUCAAUCAAAUCGAUUUUUAACAUA